AUGACUAGCCUCUUGUUCCAGGGUGGAAAGACCACUUCAUCUUCGUCGUCGUCCUCUUCCUCCUCCUCCUCCUCCUCCUCCUCCUCCUCCGCCGCCGCAAAUCCGUUCCAGGCACUUGCUCACUUUUACGAACAAGAACUCUCAGACUUCCACAUCGACUCGCGCCUGAAACAACAACACCCAGCCUCGGAAAAGCCAAAGUCAACCAGCCACCUCUUCCCUUCUUCUUAUACCCGCAAGGACAUUGCAUCUCCCUCUGCAUCACACCACCACCAGAACGAUUACAAGAACUUUUCACAAGCAGUCAGCACUCAAUGGAGCCCCCUUCCUCGAUCUCACCUACACAUCACCUCACAUGCAGUGGGAGGUGAGGGUCAAGCCGACAUCGUAGAGUACCUGAAUCAGCGCCAGGACUAUUACACACGAGAAGCCUGUCUCAGGAGUCUCGACAGAGACGAUGGACUCGGCCCAAUCGUCGACUUUUCCGAACUUCACCCUCACCACCAAUUGGACCAUUACCAUUACCACCCUCAUGCUGCGUCCACUCGGCUCGAAGACCAGCACUCCGACUCUGCGUUUGAACAGAGCCACCACAGGGGGCCACGAGGCUCGUGUCAACGGGAACAAGUUUGGAUGGACCUUGGGCCAGAUUCUGUACCCGUCCACAACUCCCCCGAUACCAAUUGGUCCAGAAACAUGGAGUCUGCUUGGAACGAGUUGUCUGAACAAACGGCACUAUCGUCUGGGUCGACAUCGUCAGCCGAUACACGUCCAGUAGCAUUUGCUGUCCCUUCAAGCGCAUCCAGCUUUCGGCAAGCGGCAGCAUCCCUUCACUCUCCCUGGCCGAUGGCCGCUUGGGCGAUUGAAGCCGAGGCUGCACUCAUGGAGGUCGAGACGAUUCAUUACCAGCAUGCUGCCACAGCUAAAUGUGACGAAAUGUACCGCCAGCAGGAUAUCCAAACAACCACCGCAAGACCACAGAAUCUCACCUGGGUUCAAGAGUUCUCUCACACUGACUCGGUUACGGAGGCAGCAGUGAGCAACAGCAGUGACAAGAAGGAAGCUGAAUCCGUCAGACAGGACAGGAAUAGCAUGCGCAGAGGAUCAGUGGUCAAGACUUGUGGGUUUAUGUUGGAGCCCAAGAGCCACUGGGGAGCUUCUGAUCCGAUUUUUCUGGACGCUGAAGUACCAAGCUUCAACGCAACCAACAGUCAAUUUCAACCAGACGACCCUCAUGCCGCCAUAUCGACCCCGCCACCACCACCACCACCACCACCAGGUCUAUUGCCUUUGGAGCAAAUAUCAGCUCCCACCCCAUCCAUCGACAAUGGUUCCAUCCGCUCACAGCCUGACUCGAUGCCACAUAUGGAGGACAUCAGCGCCACAGUCAAAGAGCAACCUGGUCAAGUCUUCAACGACGAUCUCUUUGAGGGCGACAUGCUUCAAGCUUGGAUGGAAACGCUGGCCCAGGAAAAGCAAGAAGCGAACGAACGAGUUCUGGAAGCAGGGCGCGUUGUGGAGGACGAGGAAACCACCACCGUAAAAAAGUCAGUUGAGGAAGAUUCCAAGGAUCGGCUCGUCCUGGAGGUGGCCCUGCGACGCCUGAAUGUCUUGAUGCAUCAGCUGGGACGCACCCAAAAGUCUCUAGGCUCUCCCUUUGGCAGCGCAGGCUCAAAGUCCAAACUACCACCAAUGUUGCCUGCUCGUGAUCAUAUCCAUACGCCUUGA